AGGAGGAAGAAAUUGCAGAACUCUACUCCGAUCUGCAAUUAAAGUUAAAUAUAACAAAGUAAAUUCUAUAUACCAAAAAAAAAUAAAAUAAAAUAAAAAUGUUAAAGACGACAAUAGCAGACACACGCAUAAAGGUGCGUCCCUCAAUGGAAUUAAUAACAUUGCUCCGGGAAAAUGCAAGUGCCAUAACAGAAGUAACGGAAAAUAUGGCGAAAAUAUUGAGACGUAAUGGAGUGGAUUUAAUAACAAAAAUUGAAAUAUUAAAUGAAGAAAAAAUAAAAUCACCUAAAAUUGAUAUGAAGCUGUUAACCGAAUUGUGUAAGAAUGUUGAUGAAGUUAUGGUUGAUGAUACAAGCUCUGUUUCAAGUGAACCAGAACUUGAUAACAAAGCUGGUGAUAAAACUGAAACUGAUUCAGUUGAGGAACCUAAAAUAAAUGAAGAUAUGUGUUUAUAUAUCAAUGAUUUAAGAUGGUUAAAUAGCUUUUUACUUAAAUUAAGAAAAGAUAAUGGCUCUGAUAUAUAUUUACAUAAUAUAAUUGAAAAAUGUGAAUUAAUUUUACCACAAAAUGAAAUAAUUGAAAGAAAUCCUGAAUUGGAGGCGCGUUGUCAAAAAUUACGUGAACAACAACAAAAUUUAGAAUAUCAAAAAAUGACCAAAAAUGUUGAUGCGACUUUAAAAAAUUUUCCCGAGGACACAAUUGCCUAUCAGAUGAAAGCUCUGAAUAAGCAAAUAAUUGCAGUAUUGCAAUUCGUAUUCUCUGUAGCUGCUGGUUUUGUAUUUGGUUUCCUUGGCAUAGAACUUAUCAUUGGAAACUUAGAUUUUGGUUUUCGUUUAUUGCUUGGCAUUAUAUGUGCUCUUGUUAUUGCUUUAGCUGAAAUAUAUUUCCUGGCAAAGAAGUUGAAUGAGUAUGAUGACGUCGUCACCACAAGCAAAAUACAAACAAAUGCUUUAAAUAAAAAUCAAAAACCUCACAAUGAUUAAUAAAAAUUGCAUUAUUUAC